AUGGCGACGGCGUUGACGCAGGCACUGGACGCGUCGUUCCCUCGCAUGGCCUUCACUAUGGCCUACGGAUCAGGCGUGUUCCAGCAGAAGAACCACGACGCCAGUGCUAGUAUGGUUGACCUCGUCUUUGCUGUGGACGAUCCGCUCGCUUGGCACGACCAGAACCUCGCACGCAAUCCCCACCACUAUUCGGUGCUCAAGUAUCUCGGAGCUGCGAACGUCGCGGCGUUUCAGGAGAACUUUGGCGCGGGUGUGUACUAUAAUACAAUGGUUCCUCUCACGGGCACUUUGCUUGGGACACGACUCAUCAAAUAUGGUGUUGUGAGCACGCGGACAUUGUAUGACGACUUGACGAACUGGAAGACGCUCUAUCUUAGCGGCAGGAUGCACAAACCUGUCAGCAUUCUUGCUACAAAUGAGCUCAUGCAAGCAGCGGCAUCGACGAACUUGUCACAUGCGCUGCACUACGCGCUGCUUUGUCUGCCGGAGAAGUUUUCCGAGCAUGAUCUGUACAUGAAAAUUGCAGGGAUCUCGUACUUGGGCGACUUCCGGAUGACGUUUGGUGAGAACCCGAAGAAAGUGCGCAAUAUCGUAGACGGUAAUCUCAAGGCCUUCCAAGAGCUCUACCGUCACAAAAUCCAGAGUUCUCCGUUCAUGUCCCGUUCGAUCUCUGGCGUCGACAUGAUAGUAGCCAAUAGUGCAAACCCUGACGUGAGGCAAUCCAUUGUCGAAGCAUUGCCGUCCAACGUGCGUCGACGUUUGGCUGCUAAAUCACAAGCAAGUGGAGUGAAUGACCAUCAGACUGUCACCAAGAAGCAACUGCAGCGCGUGAUUGCAUCAAUCGUGUUUCGGUCAAGCCGGUCGCAAAGUAUCAAGGGCAUUGCCACGGCAGGAGGCGUGAAGUCGAUCCUGUACGUUGCGCAAAAGUUGAAGCGCACCUGGUCGAGCAAGUAA